CGCUACCUGUACUGUGUACGGACCGAAUGUCGAACCGAAGGGCGGGCAGAAGCGGCUGGCAACCGGUUGCGGGAGGAAAAGUCGUGUGGAACAACCGGAGAACAGGGAGAAGCUGCAGCUCGCUAUUUAGCCUGCUGGAAAUCGCGCAUCGCAAAGGAACCGGAUUGGUAGGCGUUGAUAGAAGACAGUUGGACGGCAGGCACCACCAUCCCACUCGCUGCCGUUGCAAUCAUCGCUGUUGCCGCUGUUGCUGUCUCUGGUUACCGCUCGAUACCGUCGCCUGAAUGUGCACAAGUGCAGAACACGGCGGAUACGCACGACGACGAAAGCGACGAGGUUUGCAGGUUUCGGUCCCGGGCUGUGCAAGUGGCACUCGGUUUUUGCUUUGAUGGUGAUGCGUGUGCGUGUAUUGGUGCGCGGAUUUCAACGACGAUAUUCAUUCCGCCGUGCGCGUUUCGUACGUGUGGUUCUGGAUUCGGAUUCGCAGUCGGACGUACAGUGAAGCAGCGGUUUUCGGUACUGUAAUACGGGGCAGAGACGGCAAGAUAACUCACCACCGUUCGUGUGUGUGUGCGCGCGUGUGUGUUUGUCUGUGGUUUGAGCCAGGCUUUAGUACCAACCGGAUGUUGGCAGCCAUUCGGGGUUUUUUUCUCUGGUGGUUCGAUUCCGUAACGCAAAAGGAACACGACGCAUAUAUCCGUACGCACAGUGUUGCCACAGAGGGAGCCGUGUUGUGUGUUUGUUCAGCGCGCGUUUAUCGUCUUUUCCUUUCGGUACCGUCACACCCGUUGAAGGACACUACGUGUGUAGCACCACCGCAGUUUGCUGCCACGGGUUUGCGGUGCUCCGCGCGCCACACGGUGUGUUUUGUGUCGCUUUGUGUGCGUGUAAGUGUGGAUGUGUGUGUAGGAGUACGUGAUGGGGGAAAAGUUGGACGUACUGGUGCUGGUACCGUUGCCAUCUGCCGUCCGUCACACCGCCGCCCGUAUCUAGAAGCGAUUGGGUUGGUCGCGAGCAGUGGAAACGUGUGUGCUCGCGCUAGCGUAUAGCCUACAGGGAACAGGGUGGGUUAGAUUAUCGGAUCUUGCGUCACGGACUGCUCGACGGGCGGUUGUUGCAAAGCCGUGUUUGUGUGUGUCCGCCGCAUCAACCAGCCGACCAGCAGCACGAGCACCAGCCGGGAGUUGUUCCGCGUGCGAUAGAGACAAAGCGAAUCGCGAGAAAGCGAGUACGAGUGCCAGGCGCGGUGUACGUUGCAUACGGGCGACACACAGAGCGCGCGGUCAAUAACGAUAGUGUGAAAAACCCGUGCGAAGAACGGUACGGGCGGAACGGUGAAACCGUGUGAACGCGAAGAGCAGCAGCUGCAGGGCCUGUUCGACGGGGUUUUGGUCUGUGCACUGUUGUACACGCACGUUCCACAGUCGCGAUGGAGCUAAAGGCGGAGAAAAAAGACGACGAUGAAAGUGGUGGACGACGACGUCGACAGCAUCGCAACAGCAGCAGCAGCACCACCGUUGCAGCUGCGUCGACCAAUGCGAUGGAUGUCGAUACACCAGCGAACGGUAAUGGCGACGAGAUCUCGGAUCAGGAGAUAGUGGAGGUUGGCAUCGAUGAGGAUCACAUCAAGUUUCUCACCAGCAUGCAUUCGGGCGACGAGGAACCGACGAACGGCGGGCACCGCGUAUCGUUGGUCUCGCACCGGACCGCAACAAAUGGGGUCACCGGAAAUGGACGGGACAGGCGGGCGGCAAUCGAUGGCAGCAGCAGCACUGCUGCCGCCACCGUCGCCGGAAAGCAUCGCCGUUCCGCCAUGCUGCACGUUCCAGCACAUCGGAAUGGUGUGUUGAAUGGGUUGAAACUACAGCAACAGCAGCGUGGUAACGGAGCAACCGGGUACAGUGAAGAUGAAUCGGACGGUGACGGCGAAGAAGAAGAUGACGACGACGACGAUGAUGAUGAUGAUGACGAAGACGAGGAAGACGUGAUGGUCGUUGCCGCGAACAUCCUAUCGAAGACGGCACAGAGGUCAUCGUUGCUUGGUGCUACCGGGCGAACGUAUCAGUGUGACGUGUGUCCGCGGAUAUUCCAUCGGCCGGAUCACCUGCGCUACCAUAUGCGCAUCCACGAGAAGAACAAUCCGUUCGAGUGCAAGCUGUGCUUUAGCGUGUUUGCAUCCGAUCCCGCCUUCGCUCACCACAUACGCACCGAGCAUGCCGGCAUGGGCUUGGCCGACGCAUUACCACCGGUACCCGAAACGGAGGCGAACUUUUUCGCCUGCACGUACUGUGACAAAUCGUUCACCGAUGCGGUUGAGCUGGAGGAACAUUUGCACCAGCAACAUCUUGGCGAUCGACCGUACAAGUGUAACAUGUGCCCGAAAGCGUUCAUCCGGAUGGAUUUCCUACAGUGUCACUACCUGAAGUAUCACAGCUUUCACCCCAUGGAGGACGAGGAGGAGGAGGAAGGGGAAGAGGAGGAACAUUACUUGCCAAUGGAACAGCAGCUACCGUCGCAGCAGCAAUCACAGUAUGAAAGUAGGGCCAAAAGGCCACGUUUAAUGGUGCGCAAGAUAGAGGAUUUAGUUGGCAACCGGAUAGGGAAGGGUAGUGGUAGAGGUGGUGCAUCCCGGCGGACGUCACACACCGGUACGGGGACAAGCAUCUCGAGCGAUGAACAUCGGGACGAUGAGGACGACGACGAGGAUGGUGACGAUGAAGGUACGGGUGCGGAAAGUAGCGAUCAGCAUCAAAAGUUUCUCCAACGCAAGGAAGCGAUUGUCGGGCGUAACUUUCUCCCGAAGCUAAGCAGUGUCCACAGUAGGUUUCUGGUAGCGAUGGAGGAACAGCAUUCCAAAAAGCUGGCCGCAGCCGUUUCGGCGGAAGAGUGCAUUAAACAUCGGUGUCCGGUUUGCGAUCGAGGGUUCGCUCGCGAACCGGACUUGAUGCUGCACGUACGUACCCAUCCCGAUCUACCCACCUUUAAGUGUCCGCUAUGUGAGCUGACCUUUAUCGGAUCGGAUUAUUUGAAGAAUCAUCUCAAAAAGCACGUAAUAGGUAAUGGUGAAGAUCCGGAUGCACCCGGUGCGAUCGAUUUGACGGCUCCCCCUUCGACGGAAUCAUCGGUACAAGCAACGGGCGAUACCGGAUCAGAUUCGGUACGUUCGCUUUCCUCCGCUGCUAUGCCUGCGACGGCCAAGCUACCGAAACCGAUCAUUACGUCGAAACCUCCUUCCACCGGUAUAUCGUUGCUGAAACCGAUCGAAGAAAGAAAACCACCAGACCAUCAGCAGGAGUACUGCGUGAAAACGGCCGACGGCAAGUUCAUGUGUACGGUUUGUGAGCGGCUUUUCUCGCAUCAGCAAACCGUGCGCAUCCAUUUCCGGAUCCAUACGAACGAAAAACCAUACAAAUGUACAUUUUGCGAAGAGUCUUACAUCCGGUCCGAUUACCUUGAGCGCCAUCUGAAGGUACACUUUAAGGAUGGAAUGCUACCGGCGGUGGCGAUUGCCAGUAUGGCGGCAGCGGCUGCAGCAGUCGCAACGGGUGGAAAUCGAUCGGCUACUUCCUCUCCACCGCCUACCGUGAAGGAGGAUUCACUUGCUGAAAGUCCCGUUACACCGGCCGGAACAGCAACGGCGAGUGUUGUUGCGUCGGGCAGUAGCUCCACCGGCAAACCGCUCAUCGGACGGGCAGGUUUAGCGCCGGAAAACUAUCAUUUCACCGAGUCGAACGAUGGCCAGUUUGUGUGUAAGAUAUGCGAUGCCGUGUUCAACCAGGUGGCCUUACUGCGCAAGCAUGCCCUGGCGCACACGGAAGAGAAACCGUUCCACUGUGACAUUUGCGACCGGUCCUUCAAUCGGGUCGAUUAUCUCAAAGAGCACUUCAAAUCGAAACGACACCUACAGCUGGUGGCCGAAGCAGCCACCGGUGGGGAUAGUUUAUCUGCCACGCCAGCGCAACGCGCCGACGAGGAAGAUGAUGAUUCCACGAUGGAUGAUGGUAUUUCGUCGAUGGUUCGAUCUAAAUCGAGAGGUGGCAAAAGUAACACAAAGUCAACAUCUUCGCCCGCCGCCAUCGGUGAGGUGAGGAUGAACAAUCGUGAAGGAGUAGCGCGCGGAGCGGAUGCGAAGGGUAACGGCAACAGUAGUAACAGCAGCAGCAGUAGCAAUAGUAGCAACAGUAGCAGUCGAAGUAGUAGCAGUAGCCGAAGCAGUAGCAAUAGCAAUAGAAACAACACCUCCGCCGCGUCCAAUCCGAGUCCAGCGAAGCAAAAACCCGGCACGACUACACCGCCGGUGGGCAUUGAGGCUGAGUCACGGACGGUGCUGGGCGAGUUUCAUCGGUCGGAUUAUGAACGCACCAGCGAUGGGCGGUACAAAUGCAACCAGUGUGAUAAGACGUUCGUGACGGCGGUCACGCUGAAGAUGCACAUCCGGUUGCAUACGGGCGAAAAACCGUACAAAUGCGACAAAUGUGAUAAGGCGUUCAUUCGCUCGGAUUAUCUGAAGACGCACGAAAAAUGCCACCGGCAAGAAUCGUUCUUAAACAUGCUUUCGCUAACGACGUCGAAGGAACCGAGCACGGCUUCGGAAGCGGGUGAUACGGAUGGUGACGGUGCGGAAACGGAUGACGAUCAAAAGCAGCAAAGCAACCGAUCAUUGCUAGGGAAUGGUACGAUUAACGGUGCGAAUGGUAGUGCCGGUGGAGAACGGAACGAGGAAGAAGAACAAGAUGAUGAUUCCGAUGAAGAGGAAGGUGGUGAAGAAGAGGAGGAGGAGGAAUCGGAAGAAAGCGACGAUGAGCAGGUAAUUGAAGUGAUGGUAAAGGAAGCAAGCUGCUCGGAAAGUGAAGAUGAUGAGGAAGAAGGGGAAGAUGAGGAGGAGGAAGAGGACGAGGAAGAGGAGCAGAAUGAAGCGGAAGGGCAGCAUUCUCUGUAUGCCGCCAACAACAGUACAAACCGGAAUGCAUCCAGCACAAUUAACCCAACGGAGCACUCGCGAAAGGAAAAAGGGUCCAGUAAGCGUAGAAACCGAACGAAAGCCACGGCGACAUCGAAACGGGUUUUCGCGGCAGCUGCUAGCGGUGGAGAUAGCAGCAACAAUGGGUAUGACCACGAGGACGACAGCACAUCGCAGGCUAGUGGGCCGGCCAGCGGACACCAGUAUGGCGGGACCGAAUCAAUGCAUAAUGGCCAGAAGGGUAAACACCGUUGUCCGAUGUGCAAUAAGCUGUUUGCCUGGCCUAAAUCGCUCAAAAUUCAUCUACGCACGCAUACGGGUGAGAAACCGUACCGGUGCGAUGUGUGUGGCAAAUGCUUCGGACGGUCGGAUAGCUUGCGAGGCCAUAAACGGACGCACGCGGACGAUAAGCUAAUACAGUGCCAUUUGUGCGAUGUCAGCUGUACGACUGCGGCUGAGCUGGUGCAGCAUCAGUACACGGCGCACGGUUUGCAGCCAUUGGAAAGUUAGAAACCGGCUGUGGCAGACUCACGCAUAUAUGCACGUGUAUUUGCGAAGGUGUACAGUGUGAAAAGUGCUUUCCGAAUGGUUGACAUCUUUCCCUAAUGUAAGGUUAAAUCUAAGCAUCAAUCUACGGACGAAAUAGGGUCGAGGAUUUCUUCUGUAAAGUGUAGAGAUCGAUCGAUUGAAUUCCACCGGAACACGCAAACACGUGUUCGGCAGCCUUCGAUGUAGUGUAGUGUAAAUAAAUAUAUGUACUUACAUUUUAAUACCUGAUACACAGCACACGUACAUAUGUAUGAGCUGCACAUAGCUAAAUGAGCAGCAUUAAUAAACGAACUUUCGACACGUACAUUAAA